CCAAACACUGUAAAAAAAUCCAUUACCACUUUAUCAAACAAUAAGGACAUUAUUAUCAAGCCCGCCGAUAAAGGCGGCGGCAUUGUACUUCUUAAUACCACUGACUACAUAGACGAAGCCCUCAGACUCCUCUCAGACACAUCCACGUAUACCAAAUUAACUAAAGACCCACUACCCGAAUUCAAACAGGACGCACUACUACUAACGAACACAGCCUUACUUGAUGGUGUCACCACCAAGCAGGAAGCCUCUUUUCUAUCUAAAGACUUCUACAACACCCCGUAUUUUUAUUUUCUCCCCAAAGUACACAAAAAUCCAAAUAAUCCACCAGGAAGACCAAUCGUAGCGGCCACAGGGAGCAUUACCAGCUGUUUCUCCCAAUAUAUCGACCACUUCCUACAACCCCUUGCACAGGCUCAACACUCAUAUAUCCGGGACAGCGGACACUUGCUAGAAUUACUCCAAACAUACUCCUGGGAACCCGACUAUUGUUGGGUCUCGUUAGAUGUCUGCUCCCUAUACACCUCGAUACCCCAUGAUGUAGGCAUCACCGCCAUCAAUCCAGCAUUAUCUAUCCUUGGAUCCAUCACUCAACCCCAAACAAUCUUCCUUUAUAGUAGACGCCACCUCAUUUUGCCUCAAACACAAUUACUUCACAUUCAACCACGAUUUCUACUUACAAACUCAAGGUACAGCCAUGGGAGCCAACUUUGCACCCUCAUAUGCCAACUUGACUAUGAGUUUCUGGAGGACAAACACAUAUGGCACAACAAAUCCCUUUUGCCGCCCACAUCAUCUUUUACGGCCGUUACAUAGAUGACAUUAUCGUCAUCUGGGAUGGACCAAUAUCACACGUAGACCAGUUCGUAACCCAUUGCAAUUCAAAUCCUUUUGGACUGUCCUUCACCUCCACUCACCACAAACAUACUCUUGUAUUCCUAGAUCUCGAAUUAUACCAUGACAAUCUCCAAAUAUUAACAAAAAACUUCCACUUCAAACCCGUAUCUGGCAACUCAUACCUCCACUUCAACAGCUGCCACCACCCCAAAUGGAUCCAAAAUAUACCUAAAGGACAAUUCUGUCGUCUCAGACAAAAACUGCACCACAGAUUCAGAUUACAAUCUCCAGAGUGACAUUCUAAUAAAGAAAUUCCUAGACAAAGGUUACCCACACAAGCUAGUAGAUGAGGCCCACUUCUUCUACCACAAGGGUAGACCCCAAACACACAAUAACACACAGCCUCCCAACCAGGUCAGAUUUAUAACCAAAUUCCACAACAACUUUCACAAAUGGAGUCUAUCAUCAAUAGACAAUGGCCGAUACUACUACAGGAUCCACAUUUAAUAGACAUCUUAGAUAAAAAACCAAAAUACACCUAC